AUGACUAAUUUACAUCUGUUGCUUGAUAAAACAUCGUCCAAUGAAAAGUUUCUUGGAAAAUCGAACAUGGGUGGGCUUCAGAUUAACGAUAUUCUGAAACGAAGGGAACAGCGAAGUUAUUCAAAUCAAAAUAAGGAGCUUGCAAAAGCGAACACCGGGCUAAUGAGCAAGGUCGGUUUGCUUGAAAAACGAAUCAAUGAUUUGGUGCAAGAGAAUCUUUGGCUGAAAGAGGAAAACUACAAGAGAAAGCAAACGACUAGGGAGGCUCUAGAUGAGAUAGAGAAACUAGUUUACAUGAAGUUUGAGGAAAUCUUGGAAUUAAUCAAUCCAAAGGAAGCAUUGAUUGAUCAUCCUCCUCAACUUGCGGAUACUCAGAAAGAAAAUGAACCUGUUAGACGGAAGCGGGAAAGUGUCAGAGAAGAAGUGAGGAGUAAACGGCGGCAGUCGUCUUAUUUUUCAGCUUCCAGGGGUACUAAAUCCAGUUCUCCAUCAAGAGUACAGAUAAUUGAAAUGGAUGCAGAUGUUGAUACCGAUAAGCAACAAUGCAAAGACCCGGACGAAAAUGCUAAUAUUUCAUCUAAUACUAAAGUACAUUCAGCAACCCAUCAAAUAAUGCCCAUGAAUACUGAAGCUGUGACUGAUUCUUCAAGCCGAAUUCGGACUAGAAGGAAGCCAUCGGUUGACUACAGAUUACCUUCCCUGAAAUCCAAAAUGAGACGGGAAGAAAGCGAUAAUGACGAUGCUGAUCGAGUGAAACCACAACAUAAGAAAAAUGCCCCACGUAAUGCAAACAAUGAGCAAAAGCAAAAGUUUAAGGUUAAACAAGAGCACCAAGAUGAAAACCAAUACCCCAGAAAAAAGUUUUCUGUCACAAUUAAUAGUAAUAGAAAAGUGCUUUCAGAACUACCACAGAACAGCCAUAGUACAACCCAAAGCAAAGGGGAAAAACUUGAGGGAGUACUCCAAAGUCGUAAUCAUCAACACACAACAUCUGAGGAAGGUGAUCUGUCAAUUUUUGAUUUCACGGACACAAAAGAUGCCCAUUCUAAAAAAUCAGUUUUUGAUAGUCGAAUGUGA